UUAAGGCUCUGCAGGGUUUUUGCCAUCGGGGACUCCUAACAUUGUCUCUCCUCUGAACGUCUCUAGCUAUCUCUUCCUGUCUUUCUUCUCCUUCUCUAUUCUUGCUCUUCAUUCUGUCCUCCCCCGGUCAGACUGACAUUCCCCUCUACGACACCCUAAGGCUCUCCUCAGACACCCAGCCAAUCACGGGACCUAAUCUGCAUUGGCAUGGACACCGAGUCCACUCACUCUGGGUAUUCCCACUCCAGUCGCUCCAACAGGUCCAACCGGCAUGGCGAGCGCAGUAGAGAGCGCCGUAAGCCCAGCAGUAAGGACAGCAGUCGUUCUGAGCGCUCUGUCACCAUCAACCCCCCAGACACGCCCUCUCAGACCACGCCCACGCACAACUCUGAGCCCCUCCCAGGCGACUCAACAGCAGCCCCAGGAGAAGAGACUCAGGUACUGAAUNNGGGGGAAACCACCACGGCCGUGACCGGGACGUCAGAGCUGAGUCUGUCCCAGGAGGAGGUUGUGGGUCUAGGGAAGGAAACUGAGGAUGACCGAGGGCAGGCCUGUCAGCGCUAUGUUCCCCUGGCCCUGGGCCUCUCUCUUGUGCUGCUGGUCGUAGCCUCCCCCCUGGCCUUCCUGGUGCUCCCGGCUCUGCUGUGGCCCGACAGGCUUCAUGCCUGUGGCUCAGCCUGUGAGGGUCUCUUCCUCUCCGUCUCCUUCAAGCUGCUCAUCCUGCUCCUGGCUGUUUGGGCCUUGUUCCUGCGGCCAGCGCACGCCAGCCUGCCACGCGUGUGCGCUUUCAAAGCACUUCUUGCCACCCUCACGCUCUUGCUCAUCCUCUCCUACUGGCUCUUCUACGGUGUACGCAUCCUGGACGCGCAAGAUGAGGACUACCAGGGAAUUGUCCAGUUUGCUGUGUCUCUGGUGGACUCCCUGCUGUUCCUCCACUACCUGGCUAUUGUGCUGCUGGAAAUCAGGCAGCUGCAGCCGUGUUACAGCGUGUGUGUCAUCCGCUCCACCGAUGGGGAGACCCGCCACUACAACCUUGGACGGCUCAGUAUUCAGAAGGCAGCUCUGUCCCUCCUGGAGUUCUACUACCGGGAUUUCCCUCUCCACAACCCCGCUGUUCUUUCUGCCUCUAAGCACCGCACUGCCAAACACCUGGCCGGCCUCAAGAUCUACUCCGUUGAAGGCCCUGAUAACUCUGGAAGCCCAGUUGGGGGGCAGGCAGCGGGCUCGCAGUCCGGGGGGGCGCAGUCACGUGCCAUGAUCACGGCAGCAGCCAGACGAAGAGAUGCCAGCCACAACGAGCUGUACUACGAAGAGGCCGACCACGAGAGACGAGUACGGAAACGUCGAGCCAGACUGGUGGUGGCAGUGGAGGAGGCGUUUACGCACGUCCGCCGCCUGCGUCAGGAAGAAAAGCGGGCGUCGCCCUCUGAGGUGAUGGACGUGCGGGAGGCUGCCCUUGCCAUCUUCCCUUCCAUGGCCCGCGCCCUGCAGAAGUAUCUCCGCGCCACCAGGAGACAGCACUGCCACAGCAUGGACAGCAUCCAAAGACACCUGGCUUUCUGCCUCACCCACAACAUGAGCCCCAAGGCCUUUCUCGAAGCCUACCUAGCCCCAGGUCCGACCUUACAGUAUGGAUCAGAGCGCUGGAUGGCUGGCCAGUGGACCUUGGUGAGUGAUGCUGCGGUGACCAGCGGUCUGAAGGAUGGGACGGAGUUCCUGCUGCGCUGUCUGGACUUCAGUCUGGCCAUCACCGUCAAGACCAUCCCAUACAUCCGUCUCACUGAGGAGUACAUAGACCCCAAGUCCCACAAGUUCACUCUGCUGCUCCAAUCAGAAACUUCUGUCUGAUGAUGUACAGAGCACUCACUGGCUGCUCCAAUCAGGAACUUCCAUCUGAUGGGCAGAAUUAGUCAAAGACAGGACUGACGCUGUUUGGGAUUGGAUUUUCUUUUUUAUCUGUCACUAGAAAUCUUUUAUACUUUUAUUUAUACUUUUAGUGUUUCCUUUUUCACUUGUAAAUAUUUUGUAGCAGUGAUGGAAUCAAUGUGUUAAUCUUAGAUGGUUUAUGCAUAUGACAUUUGUUAAUGGAAUUAAGUAUUUCGUCUUAAAUCACUGGAAGAAAGAUGGUAGAUGGUUCUCACUAGAACCAGGUCAGGUAUUUCUCUAUGCACUGUAAACGAUCCUCACAUUCCUGUAACUCCUUUCUUUCGGUGUGCUGGUGCGUGUCUGUGUGUGUCGAUGUUUGUAUGUGUGUGGGAACAGUAUGUGUAUUUAAGAGAGUGUGUGUGUGUGUGUGUGUGUGUGUGUGUGUGUGUGUGCGUGCGUGCGUGCGUGCGUGUGUGUGUGUGU